AUGUCGGACCUGUCCUUCGAGGUCGACGACCGGCCGCUCUCGGCGCUUCCUCUCCCGUCGCGCGCGCGCGACUCGGACGACGAGGGCCUGUACGGCGACGACGAUGACGACGACGACGACCCGACGCUGCUGCGCCUGCACGAGCGGCUGUCGACGACGUCGACGGUGUCGCUCGACAUGGCGGAGCGCGCCGAGGCGCUGCAGCGGGUGAACGACGAGCUGCGGCGCAAGCUGAGCGACACGGAGGACAACCUCCAGCGGCGGCUCGCCGAGCGCGAGGCGGAGAUCGAGGACAUGCACCUGCGGCUCGACGAGCUCCGGAGCGAGCUCGGCGGCGCGCGCCGCCAGGAGAAGGAGCUCAAGGCCAAGGAGCGCUCGAGCUUCACGCAGAUCCAGGGCCUCGAGCAGAGCAUCGCCCAGCUCUCGAGGAGCCUCGAGAACUCGCGGCUGGCGUACCAGAACCUGAACCUGCAGUAUGCCGAGCAGUGCGAGGAAUCGCAGCGCUACCGGGAGAUCGUCGUCGGCCGCGACAACGACAUUCAGCAGUUCAAGGAGUCGCACGCCCUGCAAACACUGGAGCUCAAGAAGUGGGAGGACGAGCAGGCGCACUGGCUCGAGCAGAUGCGGGGCCUCCAGGAGGAGCUCGCCGCGGCGCAGAAGACUGCGGCGGCGCUCGACGAGCAGAAGCAGGACAACAUGAUGCUCAAGGAGGUCAUCGACCGCCUGCGCUUCGAGCUCGAGGAGAUGCGCACGACGGCGCACAGUGGGCUCAGCACGGGCGGCACGGCGAGCGGCAAGGGCACCAUCAGCAAGAGUCUCGGCGCCGAGUUGCUCAAGAAGCUGGAGAGCGGGAUGUGGGGCGACGAGGAGAAGCCCGAGGGCACUGUGGAACAGGAACAGGAGGAGAGCGAGGACGAGGAUACGGAAGGAGAGGACGUUGUGCAGCAGACGAUCAUCACGCGGACAAAGCGGAAAGUCGGAAGUCGCGCCAAGAAGAUUGAGACGGUUCAGCUCGAGGAGGUCAAGGAGUACUCUGACGCCUCCGUACAGCACGAGCUCGCAACCAAGACAUUCUGCGUUCAAACUGACCCAGAACCACGACCGACUGUCGCAACGUCAGAGAUACAGACCGACGAGGCGUCGUGCUCGGCAAUGUCCGUCCAGACCGAACCGGAGCCAGUACCUGUUCAGGUGGCCAAAGUCGAGAUGGAGAUCCAGACGGACGCGCCAGAACCAGAGUCAGAACCCUCAGCAUCGGGGUUGUCGCAUACAGAAGAGGAAGAAGAAGCUCUCGCUUCGUCGUCUUCUACUUUACUCCCCCCGACACCCAAAGCUCAGACACUCGAACAAGUGGUCCCGAGCGACCUUCCGCCGUCCUACAAUCAGGUUGCCGGCGAAGACCAAGACGCGCUCGCGAUUCGCGUCGCCAACGAGACCCUCAAGAAGUGGCACAAAGGCCUCAGGCUGCCCAUCGAGCCCGUGCCCGGAGGGAUCUCCGAAGACGCGGUCGAGGACUGGAAGGCGCUCAAGGAGGAGCUCGGGAUCGAGUGCGGCGCCAUCGACCGGCUCGUCGAGAGCUCGGAGCACACGGGCCUCCCGCGCGCGGCCAAGGAGCAGCGGCGGAACCGGUUCUACAACAUCUACAACACGUAUGUCUACGGCGACAAGGCCUCCGGCGCCGGCGGCGACGCCGCGCGCGCCCCAGCCAGCGGGCCCUCGCUGUUCAGCGGCCACACGCUCUUCUGCAUCGGCGUCUCGGCCGCGGUCGCGUUCGUCGUCGGGAGCACGAUGGCCGCGCCGCAGUACGCCGCCAUCCCCGGCGCCGCGACGUACUACGACCGCAUGGCCUGGUCGAGCUUCAACGCGAUCCAGGCCGGCGGUGAGGGCUUCCCUGCCGAGGCCUCGACGAUCCCGUUCCUCAGCUUCCUCGGCCGGCUCAGCGGUGCCACACGCACGCUGCAGGGACGCCCGACGUAGGUGGCGCCGUGUGCUUUUCGUCUCUCCCCUGCGCCUGCUUCAUGCCUCUCAUACAUCAUGCCCCCCUUAUGAACACACCCAUGCACUUUUACAGUAAGUAUACCCUAUACGCAUUGCCAUAUGACUAGGUCUCGUCUAUUGCUGGAGUACGCGUUCGUCUUCGUUGUAGGUAGCCGCUUUUCGGCAUUGCGAUAUGUUCUAGAUGCUCCACUAUGUCGUUGUGCUAGGCGCGUCUUUGGCAUCCGGCUGUUACAUUUCUUCGAACUGUCCGUGUCAGCCCUGACACUUGUUCUAUGACUUUGUUACAGAAAGGAAAUGUAACAUACCGGCCUGAUCUGCUGUGGUCGCACUCAACGCUAACAUGGAAUCGGCACUGCUCGUCGAUACGUCAUGCACCAUCCGUGUCGUCGGAUAAAGCGGACAGAUGUCCCGCGAAUGCUGCGGGUCGGCUCUUCCGGCGUUCGCACGAUGCGGCAGAGGCACUGCGCCUUGCUUCGUCCAACGUCGUCGUCCUCGCCCUGCCCCUCGAAUCGUGACGGCCAUCGUCCUCGACUCACACUCGAAACACGUCCCGCCGCUGCCACAGCGUGAAGACCGUUUUCCAAGUGUAUCGGACCAGUCAGGGAUCUGCAUUUGGGAUCUGCAUAGCCACACAUCCCGAACCCUCGCCAUCUGGAACCGCUCUCCAUGCUUAACGAUGUACCCCGGCCGCCCCGGAAGAAACGUUGUCUCAGCAGCUUCUCUGUAGAGAGCUACAUACGCAGUAGAAGUCACUCUGUAGAGUCUUCCGCUUCUUCCGAUGAAGAUCCCAUGGAGCGCUAUACUGCAUGGUGUGAGUCACCGUCGCAAAAGAUUGCCCGGAUGUGCUACUCACAGUGUUUUCCAGGUAGAAAACCUGGGCCGUUCUCCGUGUUCACCCAUUGCUGGGAGAAGCUCCCUGCUGAACUACGCGACCUCAUUUAUGACCUCCUGGCAGGCUCCAAUAAAGCCGGUGCUGUAAGACUCUCUACAGUCUCGGAAGCUUGGUCUCGACAGUUUCGCCCUCUUCUUUUCGCCCACCUUGUGCUAAAGAGUGAGGACGAAUGCCGUGUGCUCUACGACAUAAUCCGAUCCCCGCUGUCAGCCUGGCUCGCGGAGCACGUCACUUCCUUGAAGUUCGACAACAGCGCCUUUCCCGGCCAUCCGCUCUCAAUAGCGCUCCUUCGCCUCUUGCCAGCAUGCCGCACCAUCUGCCACAGAGCGCAGUGCAGUAAACCCCUCGGUCGCAUGUCAUAUAGCGCAGCCUUGAAGAGCUCGUUGCGAAACGUUACCUCUCUGACCCUGACUCGCUGUAACUUCCCGUCAUUCCGAAUCCUGCUCCGCAUGCUGGCCGAUAUCACCCACCUGGAGGCCGUCAACUUCGAGACGGUCAAAUGGUCGGGCGACGCCAUCACAACUGUUGAAGCGGCGAAGGAUAUAUGUACCGGCGCUUUCAGCCACGUCCGCAAGGUCAAGCUGCGGGAUUGCACAGACAAUAUGGCAGUUCCUGCUUGGAUUCUCGCGGCGGCAAGCACACGAUAUUCCUUCACUAGACGUCGAAUUUCAGGGCCUGCCGUCCCUGCAGAGACGUGGGUCAUCAUCGAGCUCAUCCGGACGUUCUUGGGCGAUGGCGUAGUAAACAAGCACUCGCGAUUCGAUGUCAUAGAAGCAACUCCGGGUAAGUUU